GCCGCGCUGCCACUGGCCGCUUCCCUCCUCCGCGGGAUCAUGGAGCGGCUGGCCGUCGGGGAAGGAGAGGAGGAGGAGGAGGAGGAGGAGGAGGAGGGCGAGCGCCCUGUCCGGCGGCGGCAACAGCAGCGGGGCCAGCCUUACCCCUAUUUGAACGCAGAGCCUUACUGGUAUAGUGUAAUUAACUAUGCGACGUAUGAGGACUGGGAAGACAGCAGUGAGGAAGCAGAGGAAAACGACGACAGUGAAGAAGCUCAAGAUGGUCCUUACGCCACAUUCUGCGGUUUCCAGAGGGCCUUUCUUUGCCCGCCUUCUGCAUCUCUCCCUCCUCUCAGCAGCCGUCUGGACGUCACCCUUUUGGGCUUCGCUUUGCCCCAGAAACCGCAACUUACAGCUGAGGAGGCUGAGCGGAAUGCAGAAUUGCUGGUCGCUGAGGAGGAAAGGCUGAAGAAGAAGGCUGAGAGGAAGAGGAUGAGGAAGAAGAGGCAGAAGGACCGGAAGAGGCAGGAGAAGCGGACACUGGAGCUAAAGGCAAAGAGCGAAGCCAAUAAAUCUCCAGCUGGACAAGAUGAGGGAACUUUGGAUGAUGGCAUCCCUGACUCAGAGGGGAGUUUCAAUGAAGCCUCCCCAGGCGGGAGCCCCAGCAGGAGCCUGGAGGAGGAAGAGGCGGCAGAGGAGGAGCUGGAUUUCUCCAGCACUUUUGUUUCCAAAGCUCUCCGCAAGGUAGAUGCCCAGUCGCUGCUCCCAAGGAACAAGAAAGGAGGAAGAAACCCCAGGGAGAGAAAGGCAGAGAAGCCUCCAGAGCUCCAGUUGACUCCCGUGGAGCAGAGCCUGGUGCUGGCAGAUUGUGGAAAUGAAACUGCAAAGGAGGGGCUCUUUCAUGAGGCCGUGCGCCUCUUUACCGAAGCUAUUAAGCUGAACCCCCAGGAAUACAGGUUGUUCGGGAACCGCUCCUUCUGCUAUGAGAAGCUGCAGAGCCAUGUGGAGGCCCUGCGGGACGCCCAGAGCGCACUGAGCCUGCGGCCGGGCUGGCCCAAAGGCCUCUUCCGCCAGGGCAAGGCUCUCCUGGGCCUCAAGCAAUACACGGCAGCAGCCAGGACCUUCCAGCAGCUCCUCCCGUUGGAUGGCUUCUGUGGCGAUGCAGCCCUGCAGCUUCAGAAGUGCCAGACGCAGCUCUCCCUGGAGAGACGGCUGGGCUGCUCCCGCUGUGACCGGGACCUCCUGCCUGUGGAAACGCAGCUGCCUCUGCCUGCAGCCAGGGGGGCGGCGGUGCCCAGACGGCACUGCCCAGGCCAUUGCCACUGCCCAGCGGGCACCUCCGGCUACAAAGGCCCCAGUCAGGUCCUGCGCCUUCGUCAACUGCAGCCACAAAGAGGCCACCGAAACCGCCUACGCAGCCCUGCAGGGGGCGGAAGUGGAAGGACGCCAGCGCAUUCUGCAGCUGAAGCACCCCGCACACGCCACCGCUGCCCCCUCCAAGGCGGCCCCCGCCAUGGCCUCUCCUGGGCUGGGGUGAGGGCAGAGAUCACGGCUUGCACGGAGGUCCUUGGGGGCCCAGGACCCUCCCUGGCUGCCUGCCCGACUGGAAGCUGCCUUCCUAGGAGGAGCCUGCUGUGGACAGGAAGGCCCCUGAAGGCAGCCCCAGAGGGGACCGGGGAGCAUGGCCGCUCCUCCUUCCUCUGAAGCCGGCCUGGGCCCAGUCUGCUUCUGGGGCUGUUCCAGAUCUGGCUCCCUCCCGUAAUGAGGAGCUGCAAACGCUUAUGCUCCGGGGCUCCUCCGAGAGGACUUUCCCCGGGCCCUCAUGGAGGGGCCCCGUCUCCCCAACCUGCUCAGGAAGGGAUGUCGGUUGCCUUGUUUUUAUAUGGUCCACAAUAAACGUAUGAAAAGAC